AAAAGAAUGGAAAAAGAAAAUUGCUCUUCUGUGACUGAAUUCAUUUUCUUGGGAAUUACAAGUAACCUGGAGAUAAAAGUGACCCUCUUUUCCAUGUUUCUACUUGUUUAUCUCACUAACCUUCUGGCAAACCUUGGGAUGAUAAUCCUGAUUAGAAUGGAUCCCCAGCUGCACACACCCAUGUACUUCUUCCUCAGCCACCUCUCUUUCUGUGACCUCUGCUAUUCCACAGCAAUUGGACCCAAGAUGCUGGUGGACCUUUUAUCCAAGAACAUAUCAAUCCCCUUCUAUGGCUGUGCUCUGCAAUUCUUGAUCUCCUGUACCUUUGCUGAUUCUGAGUGUCUACUGCUGGCAGUAAUGGCCUAUGAUCGGUACAAGGCCAUCAGCAACCCCUUGCUUUAUGCAGUCAGCAUGUCCAGCAGAGGGUGUUCCAAGCUCAUGGCCGGGGUUUAUCUGGUAGGAAUGGCAGAUGCUGUGAUACACACGACAUUAGCAUUCCGCUUAUGCUUCUGUGGGUCAAAUGAGAUUAACCAUUUCUUCUGUGAUAUCCCUCCUCUUCUAUUGUUAUCUUGCUCAGAUACACAGGUCAAUGAAUUAGUGAUAUUCACCAUUUUUGGUUUCAUCGAACUGAGUUCCAUUUCAGGAGUCCUUGUCUCUUAUUGUUAUAUUAUCCUGUCAGUCUUGAAGAUCCACUCUGCUGAGGGGAGGUUCAAAGCUUUCUCCACCUGCACCUCCCACUUAACUGCGGUUGCAAUUUUCCAGGGAACUCUACUCUUCAUGUAUUUCAGGCCAAGUUCUUCCUAUUCUCUAGAUCAAGACAAAAUGACAUCAUUCUUUUACACCCUUGUGAUUCCCAUGUUAAAUCCUCUGAUUUAUAGCCUACGAAACAAGGAUGUGAAAAAAGCCCUAGAAAAAUUGAAAACUGAAAAAUUAAAAAAUAAA